AUGGGUCGUCUCGCAGAAAUGCAGCGAAAGCUGCUUGAACAAAUGAUGGGACCUGAAGCAAUGGGUGUCGCCAACGCCAACCUGCAUUGGUCCGACGAGAAAGUCUGUCGUAACUUCCUCUGCGGAACAUGUCCCCAUAUUCUCUUCACCAACACAAAAAUGGACUUAGGCGCUUGUCCGAAAUCUCACAUGGAGCGACUCAAAACGGAGUUCCAAGCUGCUAAAGAAGCAAACCCGUCCGACCCUAUCUUCGCGCGUUUUCAAGCAGAAUACGAAGCGAACAUAUUUUCCUUUGUGGAUGAGUGUGACCGACGUAUUCGAUCUGCUCAUAGGAGGUUGGAAAAGACACCCGAGGAGAACGCGAAGACGACUAACUUGAUGAGGGAAAUCGCGGAAAUCGAGUUGGCUAUACAGGGUGGUACGGAAAAGAUUGAGCAGCUCGGCGAACAAGGGAAAGUCGACGAAUCGAUGCGCGAAAUGGCAGCUAUUGAAGCAUUGAAGAGCGAGAAAGCCGACAAAGAAAGAGAACUCCAACAACUAUCAGACACGUCCGGAGCUUCAGGACACCAAAAGCUUCGCGUGUGCGACGUCUGCGGUGCCUACCUCUCCGUACUCGACUCCGACAGACGUCUGGCAGAUCAUUUCGGUGGGAAGAUGCAUCUCGGAUACCACGAACUCCGCAACAUGCUUCAAAAAUUCAAAGAAGAACGUGAUGCACGCAAAGCCGUCGCUCCACCUUCCUCAGCAGCUCCUGGUGCUCCGCCCACUGGCCCUCCUCGUCCAGGCGAUCGCGACUACCGGUCGUCGAGGGAUGAUUAUCGUGACCGGGACAGGGAUCGUGGAUAUGAUAGGGAUAGGCAUCCUUCGAGAUACGAGUAUGUACAAAUUUCUUUACUAUUGUGCUUGACAGGCGUUUGUGAUACUGAUGAUUGUGUUCUGUGCUUACAGUGA